CCGGAACGCUCAGUGCGCAUGCUCCAAGCGCGGCGCCCCCGACUCGCCGCUCGGCUUUAUUCGGGCAUUUCCGCCUCUUUGUUUUAAACUCCGGACGGGUUUUUUUCUCCGGCUCUUGGGGGGGACCAGGAGGCAGUGGCGCCCCCUCCCAUCCCUUCGCUGCCCCCGCGUGCGCCCCGCUCGUCCGCAGCCGAGACGGCAGGCCUCAGGAUGUAGCGGAGGGUUCCCGGCCCCACGUCCAGAAAAUGGGAAGAGAGCAGAGGGCCGGAGGACGGCGCAGAGGCGAAGACUCGGCGAGCGGACCGGCGCGGCUGCCCGAGAGCGACAGCGCCACAGCCGAAGCCUGAGCGCCGAUGCGGAGGUGGAGGGAGGGGACCGACUGCGUCUAGAGGAGAAGCCAAAGAUGUUGACCAGAAAGAUUAAACUCUGGGACAUAAACGCCCACAUCACCUGCCGCCUGUGCAGCGGGUACCUCAUCGACGCGACCACGGUGACCGAGUGUCUGCACACGUUCUGCCGGAGCUGCCUCGUCAAGUACUUGGAGGAGAACAACACCUGCCCCACGUGCCGGAUCGUCAUCCACCAGAGCCACCCGCUGCAGUACAUCGGUCAUGACAGGACCAUGCAGGACAUCGUUUACAAGCUGGUACCAGGCCUGCAGGAAGCGGAAAUGAGGAAACAGAGGGAAUUCUACCACAAGUUGGGCAUGGAGGUGCCUGGAGACAUCAAGGGGGAGACUGGUUCUGCAAAACAGCACUCGGACCCCCACCGGAAUGGUGAAACCAAAGCGGAUGAGAGUUCCAACAAGGAGAUGGCCGAGGAGAAGCAGGAGGAGGACAACGACUACCACCGCAGCGACGAGCAGGUGAGCAUCUGUCUGGAGUGCAACAGCAGCAAGCUGCGCGGCCUGAAGCGCAAGUGGAUCCGCUGCUCCGCCCAGGCCACCGUGCUGCACCUGAAGAAGUUCAUUGCCAAGAAGCUCAACCUCUCGUCCUUCAACGAGCUGGACAUUUUAUGCAAUGAGGAAAUCCUGGGCAAGGACCACACACUCAAGUUUGUGGUCGUCACAAGAUGGAGAUUCAAGAAGGCGCCGCUCCUGCUGCACUACAGACCCAAGAUGGACCUGCUGUGACGCACGGCGCGUGCAGGACCACGUGCCCGCGGAGGGGCCUCGGUCCUGGGGACCGGACUUCUGAACAGAGUAUUUAUCACUUUUGUACGAGAGAGUUCGCACUCAACAAGACACUACCAGCAGCACGGUGACAAGGUGGCGACACCUCACAGGCUCCCGCCCCUGACCCGGCCCGCGGUCCCUCGGCGCCUGGGACCGGCCGUGGCCGCAGCGGCCUCUCCCGCCGCCGUGCGGCCCCGCCUGCUUCCAGGUCUCAGAACCACAGCGUUUCGGUUUAGUUGAUGAAUUAGGUUUCAGGAUGAGCCUCAAAAAUACUUGUACGUGUGUCGAAUCUUCCCUAAGUUAUUGAAAAAGUAUCUUUUCAUGGUGAAUGACGAUAUUUAUGUUGCCUUUAGCUUCCCGAAGGCUAGAAGACCUAUAAAAAAAUUAAUUUAAAAGCAUACCAAAAGAGGUUGCUGUUCAUAUUCCACAUCCACCAUGGCCUUCAGUGUCCCUGCUGUGAGACCCCACGAAGCCACGGAUCUCUCUGACCCCCUCGUGCUCCCGGCACCGGCGGCCCCAGCGCAGCUGGGACCUGGCCCUGGUUUGCAGAGCCUCUUGUUAGAAAUCCCUUCUGUUAUCAGACAGGGCUCCAGCCGCCGGGCCCCCUGCCCACCCUGCCCCAUCUUCCUUUUGCUGGAGAGGGAGUGGCAGCCUUUUGGGGGGUGGGGGGCUUUCCCAGCAGAGGAGGGGCUUGUGCCUGUGGGGACUCGGCAGACCCAGGUUCCCCACCAUACCUGCCCUCCCUUUAAGGGGCUGCGGCCUGGCCCUCCUCUCGCGCCCUCUGUGGGGGGAGGUUCUCACUGAGCCCCACGGGCAGGGCAGCAAGGUGGCGGCUUUAGUUGCUAAGGACCUGCAACCAGCCGCAGGUGACUCACAGUGUCUAACCCCUUUCUCCUCCCGAAUGUUAAUAUUUUUGUGGAAUUAGAGAAUAAACUUUUUGCCAGCACAUAAA